UCUGACUGGAGCCCUGGUGUCCGACACAACCAGCAAGCACGAUGUCAGUCAUGGUCAGGGACGCCUGUACCUGACUCUAGCACUCAUACAAACAAUAAUGCAGACAGGAUGGGGGUUUCAUAUGGCCUGUCCAGGAGCCCUGCCUCAAACCGCCUUUCAUCCCACACGGGACACGCCAACAUCCCCUUAGACCAAAACUCAAGCCCCAGGCUUCAAAAAGGCCCUAAUGAACACCAGCAAACCCAGCAAGUCCCGUCCAGCCCCACCCAGAAGAAUGGCGGUCCUCUCUCAGGUCAAAAGGGCAGUUUGGUGAUCACUAACACCCAUGCUGAAGGUCUAAACCAGCUUAGUGGCAGCAAUACAUCCUCGGCGCUGAACAGUCCAGAAGUAGCACGCAGGCUGGCAGAAGAAGCCACCAAAGUGUCUGUCAUUUUCGACGAGGUCAGGAAGUCCCCUUCCCAUAAUGUUUUUGGGGGACAGCCCCUCUAUGGCCCCUUACAUCAUCAGAGCCCAGUUAUGAAAAUGAACAUCCCUGUGCAUGGACCACAUUCCGAAAGCCCAAUAACAAAUGGGGCUCCUCCUUGCGCACAGAUGACAGAGUCCUCAACCAAUCAGAGCGCGGAAGCAAGAUGCGAACUGGCCAAUCACUCCCAUAGUCCGAUCCCAAUAGGAGGAGCCCCUGAAUCCCCAGCUAUCCCAUCCCGAAUUAUGCAUCCGUGGCUGUCCAAAAUGGACGUGGGCUCCCCCUUACGGGACCCUCGCUUGCAUAGGAGUGACAUCACAAGCACAGAAAGCCCCACGUUGCACCGCCGGAGGGUGCCACAGUACAUCGGUUGGUCCCACGAGGAGGCCUGGGACCUGUACCCAGAGAGGUGCAGCGAAGUCAGAGUUGACCAUACCCCAUCUGACAGUGUGGAGAUUUCCAGGAGGCUACUUAUUGGUCAGCGGAUUGAGGAGGCACCGAUCAGCUGGACCUCCAUGCAGACGUGGCGGGAUCAGGAGGAGAAAGAAAUGGAGAUGUUUAGACCAGGAGAGAAACAAGAGAAUGAGAUAGAAGGAAUUGUGCAGCAAGAACAGAUGGAGAGUGUAAUGGUGAGAGGAGAUGAGGGCUAUAAUGUUCAGAGUGUAGUGAGCAGAGAGGAGAGAGGGCAAAGAGCUGCUUUAAUCCAGCAGGAGAGGCAGACAGAGUGGACACGCAGGCAGGCUCUGCUUCUAGGCCCUGUGGUUCUGGAGGGGGAGCAUGAAGAGAGGGGUGAAGGAGAGCAGAACGGAGUGCCAGGCUCAUCUCCCAGCUCCAGUGGGGUCACAGGUAGUCUCGGGGACAGAGAAUGUCUAUCGCCGGAGUCCAGCAGCAACAGCAACCAGACUGAACAUGCCAGCUCAGGGAUACAGUCUGACGGUGGUCCUCUGGUAAUGGGACCAUCUCUGCACUGUCAGAAGAUUGCUAGAGCUAAGUGGGAGUUCCUGUUCGGCACCACAACAGAGACCACAACAAAGGAACGAGAGAAGAAUGUCCUAGACCCAACUACAGCGCCUCCCAGUGGUCAUUCCACCCCAACCCCACCAAAUUCCCUACCGUUAGAGGAGCUUGCUCUCCGAGCCAAUCAUGAUGUGCACCAUGUGGAGGUGGAGCUUGUAACCCCACCCCCUGCUGCUCCAGGCACCUCCCCCAAAACAGGUAUAAUUCGCCGGACCCUGAAGUACUCAGAAACGGAUCUGGAUGCUGUUCCGUUACGGUGCUACCGGGAGACGGACAUUGACGAGGUGCUGCUGGCGGACAAGGAUGAUUCUGACUCAGCAUUCGGCAGCAACCGCAGCGUUAUGGGCACCUCUGGUACCGGCAGCAGUCCACUGGGCGGAACACCAUACGAGCGGACAGAUGGAGAGGAGGAGGAGGACGGGGCCAAGGAGGAAGAGGAGCUGGAGGAGGAAGAGGAAGAAGAUGUAGCCAGCUGGGCCAGUGUACGGACACAAGGAGACUUGAGGAGGCAGCUGUCCAGUCAGGAGCAAGAAGAGGAGGAGAUCCUUAGCAUGUUGCUCAAAAGACCCGUUGACAGUUUCUAUAAGUUUCACCCUGCCCUGAAGUCGCCUGUUCUGGUGCGAGGUCCGCGCCGUCACUCAGGUGACAACCUGGACACCUUCAGUCGUCAUUUUGAGAGCAUCAUGGAGUCUCACCGAGCCAAAGGCACCUCCUACAACAGUCUGGACAGCCUGGACCUUCUGACUUCCAGCACACAGACUGUGCUGACGUUUGACCUCCCAACGCUGACCCCACAGGUGAAGGGUCAGAUGUACCAGAGUGCGCGGCAGAUUGUGGAGCUGAGCUUCGCCCCACUGGCACAUGUUGAGAUGCCCAGUGUUUCUGAGUCAGCACUAACCAUCACAGGGGACUCGGACGCCACAAGGGCACCAUCCAGUGAACGGCUCAGCAGUGGCUCAGACGACAGGUCAGGUGGACACAGCUGGACCAGCAACCCUAUGUAUAUACUCCCCAGGGAGAAGUCUUCAAGGCUGGCCACAGAUGUGGACCUGGAUCAAGAGCUGAGUGAGCGUUUGGGAUUAGGGAGCAGUGACACGCUGACCAACGGUAACCGUGCUGACCUGGAGGCUGCUAAGCGAUUAGCCAAGCGGCUCUUCAACCUUGACGGCUUCAAGAAGUGUGACGUUGCACGUCACUUAAGCAAGAACAAUGACUUCAGUCGCAUGGUGGCUGAAGAGUACCUGGGUUACUUUAAUUUUACGGGACAGACUUUGGACCAAGCGCUAAGGACCUUCUUGCUGGAAUUUGCCCUGAUGGGAGAAACUCAGGAAAGAGAGCGAGUGCUAGCUCAUUUUUCCCGACGAUACCUGCAGUGCAACCCUAUGCUCAUGCUGUCUGAAGACAGUAUCCACACGCUGACUUGCGCUCUGAUGCUGCUCAACACGGAUCUGCAUGGCCAGAACGUUGGAAAGCGGAUGUCCUGCAUUCAGUUCAUUGGCAAUCUGGAGGGACUGAACAGCGGCCAUGAUUUCCCGAAGGAGCUCCUCAAGGCUCUCUACAACUCCAUCAAGAAUGAGAAGCUUCAGUGGACAAUUGAUGAAGAGGAGUUGCGUAAGUCGUUUUCUGAGCUGGGGGAGCGGCGUGGGGACUCAAAUUCGAGGGGAAUGAAGCGUACGGGCAGUGGAAUGGUACCACCAUCCGGCGCUCUGCUUUACAAGACAGGCUUCCUGGUGCGCAAAGUCCACGCUGACUGUGAUGGCAAAAGGACUCCUCGAGGGAAGAGAGGCUGGAAGACGUUCUAUGCCGUCCUGAAGGGCCUUAUUCUUUAUCUCCAGAAGGGUGAGUAUAGGCCUGAUAAGCAGCUCUCUAAUGAAGAUUUGAAGAAUGCAGUGUCCAUCCAUCACUCCUUGGCCAUAAGAGCCACUGACUACCAUAAACGGCCCAACGUCUUCUAUCUGCGCACAGCCGACUGGAGAGUCUACCUGUUCCAGGCUCCGAAUGCAGAACAAAUGCAGUCUUGGAUCACUCGCAUCAACACAGUCGCUGCCAUGUUUUCUGCCCCACCCCUGCCAGCUGCCAUUGGCUCACAGAAGAAGUUCAGCCGCCCGCUGCUGCCAGGCUCUACCUCCAAACUCUCACAGGAGGAGCAGGUACAAGCUCACGAGGCUCGCUUUCACGCCACCUCCACUGAGCUGGCCGAGCUCCGCUCGUACCCACCGGACCGAAAGGUCAAAGGUCGUGAGCUAGAAGAGUACAGACUAAGGGAAGAAUAUCUAGAGUUUGAGAAAACGCGGUAUGAGACGUACAGCAUGCUGCUGAGAGCAAAGCAGCGCUGUGGAGACGACAAUCUGUCCGUGUUUGAGGCCAUGCUGCUAGAAGAGGGUUCACUGCAGAGGGCUCAGUCCAGCCCGACUCUCCAGGAGAGCAGCCUGACCUGCAGCACCAGAGAUGGUCCCAGCACCGCAAGGGACCCUCCAGCCACUGGGAAUGGUACAGGAGCAGGCUGCGUCCGUGGACAAGGCCAGAGACACAGCUACCGGCAGGCUGUCAAAAAGUGACCUGUUACCACUCAUACUGGAAGCUCUUUGUGCUGGAAGGGAAGUGAGGUCGUUCUCUUACUUGUGUGCGCCCUCCUGCUCUCUGUGUGCCCGCAGGAAGUGGCACAGAUUCUGACUGAGUCUGACUCUGUGAUUGGCCAGCUGGUGAAUGAUAGCAGAGUCCUGGGUUGUGAUUGUGGGGGGAGGAGGGGCAGAGGAAAGUAUUUAAAGGAUGUUGAUCUGAGAAACGAGGAGAGAACUGAGCUAGAGAGAGAGGGGGUAGAGGGGACACGUCCGCUCAUCCGUCUUUCUGCCAUCUGCUCUAUGGAUCCACACACUCUCCAGUCGCCUCCGCCCUGGGACCAAAACAGCUCAAUACCUUUAAAGUGACUGUUAGCAUCAGAAUAUUACCGUCAUGCAGGGGCCAUUGCACCUUUCAGCUUCCCUGCAUGUAAAAACAAUUCAGUGUUGUGGUGAUUUUUUUUUUUUUUUUUUUGGCAAGUCAUUGCUUGCACUUUUUUUGUUUUACAACAAAUCAUACCUAAACUACCUGUUUAUCUCUGUUAAAUUCAUAGCAACAGGGGUCGUCACAUUCCACAAGAGCAGUGCGCUGAACAGCAUUCAUAGGUUGUAUCAUGUAAGAUGGGGAAAUUUCAACUUGCUCAUAAAGGCAGACAGCUGUGCAUCUUCUGUAUAUACCUGGGCUAAAUCCUAAUGGCCCUUUAUUUGAUAGUUAGUGCACUGGUUCAAGUGCCAAACAUCACAUAAGGGGCCAUUUUUGAAUGGAUUGUGUCCACCUACUUCAGCAACCACUUGACAAUAGUUGCCAAUCACGGAGUCAGAAUGAGUGAUUACUUCGCAGUGGUCUGCUAUGAAUGGCACUAAGACUACAAAAGGCUCCUGGGCCGAGCUGACUAUUAUGAACAGUAGGUAGAUCAUACCAGAAACCUUUCAUUUUAAAUACAAUGAUCAUUUUUGCCCCAGAAUGUCUCUUGCACUCAAUCUUAACUAUUAUUCCUAUCUGAGAUACAUUUAAUAUAUGUCUCUGGAGUUUAUUUACCUUUGAAUAUUAUUACUGUCCUUGUCCUUUUAUUGGUUCUAUUGGCUGAGUGUUCUUGUCCACUGUGGCCAGCAUGGCUGAAUAGUGAUGGCUUCUUGUAAUCUCCUCUCUUUUGCAGAAAAGCAGCGAAUCUAGUGGUGAUAUGAAAUAUACCGUGUGUAGUUUGGCUGUCUUUCAGGCCUGUUAUGUUCCCCACCCAGCUCUCUGAAUGUGUCUCUGUGAUUUUUUACAACACUUAGGCAUUGUUUAACAUUGAAAUUUGUCCUUUGUUGUGUGUAUGAGUGAUGAAUGGGCGUAUGCUGGACGAAAUAUAUCAAAUGUAUGUGGAAUGUAUUUGAUGCACAUCUUAAAUCAUGGAUUAUCAGCAUCCAUCUGUCCGACACGGGCCUGUAUUUGUAUGCUCAGAGCAUUUCCAUUUGGCUCGCUUUAUCCUGUAUGAUAAAGGCACUAUUAAGAACGGACAGGUGAAACUGUAAUGCUAUGUAAUGUAUAUGUACAUUAGUUACUGAGGCGCUGUCUAUUAGAAUGUUAAUGACUCAGAGAAUCAUGACGAUGGGGAUUCUAGACAUUUCUAGGUUUCUCAUCACAUUGUUUAUUUAUUUAUUUAUCUGUUUGGUUAAGCAGUUCCAGCAAGUAAAUGAGGCGUGAGCAAACUUGUCUGCUUUUCCACAUCUGUUCCUGAUCUGAUUUGAAGAGAAGCAAGAGAAAGGGCAGUGGUACCAAGUCCUGGGAAAAAUAAUAUGCAAGAAAUAAUCAAACCGAACUAUCAAUUGUAUACGACCAACUUGCACCUUUGUAACACAUCACAGAUUUUGUCAAAUGCAAACUGUUAACUCCAUGUAUGAUCUCUGUAAUCUCUGCUGUUGAGCAUUGGAUGAACAAUCAGAGGAGAGAUGCAAAAAAAAGAUGUGAAUGUAAUGUGCUUAACCUUUUUUUGAGUUCAGGCAAAAAUUACAGUUGCAAAGCCAUUUUUAUUUACUCAGGCUGAUUUAAGGUCAACAUUGGCUGUUGCAACACCACCAGUUAACCAGCAGAGAGCGCCAUGAGAGAACUCAGCCAUAACCAUAGAGAGUGAUGUCAUUUCUAUGGCUAUACUACAGCACUGCACACAGACUGUGAGUGUGCGUGAGUGUGUGCAUGCAUGUGCUUCUCUCUCACACACACAUGCACGCACAACUGCUGUCAGAUGAGUGCAGUUUUUUGAUCAGUGUCAGGUUUUGAUGGAACACAGCCUAUGCAGUCCUGUAAGGCUGUGAUGAGAACAAAAGGCCUGCUGUCUGACUAAAAAACUGCAUAUUAAUCUUUAACUGUAAUUAUAACCAGCACCUGAAUAUUUAUAAACGGCAUGAAAUUGUGGUCUGCUUUCAUUUAUAUUCUGUGCAUUGUUUCCCGUGAAUAUUAGUGCUCUUUUUUCUUAAUUCACUGCCAGGAUUGUGAAGGGUAACGGGGCUGGGUAAAACUCUACUACAUGUAAA